AUGAUACUGGGCCAGAUCUCAUAUCUGGAUUGCGUAGCCUUCCUAGUGUUCCUGGCGCCGCAAUUGCUGAUCCACGUCGGUCUCAUCCGCACUGCAACGUGGCUGCUUCGGGAACUACCCUCGUUGAUUCCGCAAGUAUUCGUCAUUCCGUAUCAGUUUGUUGCCGAAAGGUACUUGACGCCAUAUGAACACCGAAGCCCCUUCGUCAAGCGAGCUACCGUCUUUCAAGACAUCGUCAUCCGCUGCGUUAGAUAUGCAUUCGCAUUUAUGCCAGCCUUCCUGGGACGCGUGUUUUUCUCGAAGGCUGUGUCAUUACCAUUCCUACGCUUUCGGAUGCUCCGGCACGGCAUCGUGACUGCACCGCUGCGAUGGAACGAAAUCAACAGGCCUGGUCUUAAAGGCAUAUGGAUCACCCAUAAUCAGCAGGAACAGCCUGACGUUAUCGUCUACUACUGCCAUGGCGGUGGUUUCUCCAUGGGCUCCAGCUAUUUUUACAUGGAAUUUCUCCUUGCGUGGGUUUCCCUGUUGAAAGCUGCUGGCUAUAGAAACCCAGCACUCUUUGCUCUAGAGUAUACCCUCGUGCCAGACGCUGUAUAUCCCACCCAACUCCAGGAAACGCUUGCAGGGUACGAGUACGUGCUCUCUAUUGCGCGCGAUCCUACGCGCAUUUGCGUUGGUGGCGACUCAGCUGGAGCAACACUCAUCCUAAGCUUCCUCCUCUACAUCACAGACCACCCCGAGCUACGACACCGGCGCCCCGGAUUAGCCAUGAUGAUCUCACCCUGGGUCACCAUCAUCUCCCGCAACAACAGGAACACACCGAGCGACUACCUAAACUCUAACAGCCUGGAACUCUACGGCCGCCAAUACACGGGUCCCAAGGUUCCGGCAGACGACCCACUAGUUUCGCCCGGCAACUGCAAAGAUGUAAAGAAAUGGACCGACGCCAGCCCAGACAAAGGCUGGUAUUUUACGUUCGGAUCAGAAGAGGUUCUUGGGCCAGAGACGCGAGAACUCAUCUCUUUGCUCAAAAGGACGGGUGUGGACGUGGACUACUACGAAGAGAAGGGCGGGAUCCAUGCCUGGCCCGUCGCGUCACUCUAUCUGGGCGAAACGAAGGAAGAGAGGCUACACGGUCUACAAGACAUGGUUCGGGCGAUUCGCGAUCGCAUAUCAUAG